AUGGAAGUGGGGAAAAUUUUCAAGGAAUUUUUAUCGGUGGAAGCCCUAGAUGAAGAAGCAGAAAAGAAAAUCAACCUUGGAUCGAAGGCAGAUGUUGGUGCCACCAGAACUGUCGCUCUUCUACCAAGUCUCCAGCCAAUCAACCUGACUCAUCGACGCAAAAUAUCUCAUCCUCAAGAUGCACGGCUUACCAUCCCUCCAUCUUCCCGCGAAGAUUUUGAAAUCGCAAUUGUUUGUGCGUUACCGCUCGAAUACGACGCCGUCUGUGUUCUCAUAGAUAAGUUUUGGGAUGAGGAAGGCGAUCCGUAUGGAAAGUCUAAGGGAGAUCUAAACGUGUAUACAACCGGACGUAUUGGAAAACACGACAUCGUUCUAGUACUCCUCCCAGAAAUGGGAAAAGUUGGCGCGGCCAGCACAACCGCAAGUCUUCGAUCGAGCUUCCCGGGACUGAAGCUUAUCCUCUUAACUGGUAUAUGUGGAGGCGUUCCUAAUCCUGGAACUGCAAAGGAGCUCCUACUUGGAGAUGUUGUUUUGAGUAGCUCCGUUUUUCAGUACGAUUUUGGUAGGCUUCAUAGCAAUAAGUUCGUACCCAAAAAAACAUCAACAGACAGUCUUGGAAGGCCGGAGAAAAAGAUUCGCAGCCUACUCAAAUUUUUUGACACACUCCGCGGAAGGGUACAGCUUGAGAAGCGAGCAGCUUAUUAUCUUGAGCAUAUACAGGACAUCACCGCCAAAGAGCAACCCAUAGGACAAUAUAUCUGUCCGGGAGCUGCCAAUGACAAGCUAUUUGGGGCCGUAUACGUUCACAAACACUAUGGUGAGCCACAGUGUGCCUGCAAGAAUUCCAAUGACGAUUGUGAGGAUUCCCGAAAAUUGUCAUGCCAUGAACUACAAUGUGACGAGAAGUUUCUGAUUGAAAGGCAUCGGAUAAAACACAAGCUUCACUUGGAACAAGAAGGACGUAACAAGGAGGCUCAAGCGCCUAUGAUAUUCCUUGGCUCCAUCGGAUCAGGAGACACGGUAAUGAGGUCCAGUGAGGACCGCGAUCGAAUCGCCGCGAAAUACGACCUCAUUGCAUUUGAGAUGGAGGGGGCGGGCGCUUGGGAUGAGCUCCCUUGCAUUAUUGUCAAGGGCAUUUGCGACUAUGCCGAUAGCCACAAGAAUAAGAUGUGGCAGCAUUUUGCGGCUGCCACAGCGGCGUCCGUGAUGAAAGCGCUUCUUGAGAAAUAUGCCUAA